CUCUUGAAAGUAGGCCAGGGCGCGCAGGGGUUGAGGGUCUCUCAUUCCCAGAGAGAAUUAAACUUGGAGGAAAGCAACCACCGGCGAGGAGCGGGGCGCGUGGAAGCGAGCCGCGGUCCGAGGCCCAAAGAAAAGCCCAAGCCUCGCCCCCGCCAUCGCGCCCGACGAGACACCUAGGUCCGGGGACGGGUGUGUGCCGCGGAAGUCAGGUGCACUGCGCAGCACUCCCCCGAGCCGCAGCACCCCAGAUGAGCCACGGGGUCGCAAUUCUCGUUUCCGUGAUCGGACUGCCAGGCCCCAGGUGAGGAGCUGAGUUCAUCACCAGAGCGGCCUUCCCAGGGGAACCAGUUACAGGCUGCCAGUAGCCCCGGCUUCCAUCCGGUCUGCGCCUGCGCGCGGCCCAAGCCCUCGCCUCUCCUGGCGUGGUGCUAAGGAAUUAGUCCGGUUCGCCGCUGUGCGCACUGCGCAUGCUCCAGCUCCAUCCUUCCCUUCCCCCACCACCCCGCCCUCCGGGAGCCACGCCCAAAAAGUCAAGGCGCUUCAGUUACCAGCCGGCUACGUCGCGCCUGCGCUUUGACCCCCAGUUUGCGCCCCCAACUCCGGUCGUGCGGCCGCCCGGGGAGGGCUCUGCAGUUGCGCAGCUUGCUCCCCGGCCCUUUUCCCCUCCGCUCCCCGCCGCCUCCUGACGCCGGGCGUGACGUCACCACGCCCGGCGGCCGCCAUUACAGAGAGCCGCGCUCUGGAGCCUCAGCGAGCGGAGGAGGAGGCGCAGCGGCCGACGGCCGAGUACUGCGGUGAGAGCCAUAGGGCCAGCGCCAGCCUCAACAGCCGCCAGAAGUACACGAGGAACCGGCGGCGGCGUGUGCGUGUAGGCCCGUGUGCGGGCGGCGGCGCGGGAGCAGCGCGGAGCGGCAGCCGGCUGGGGCGGGUGGCAUCAUGGACGAGAAGGUGUUCACCAAGGAGCUGGACCAGUGGAUCGAGCAGCUGAACGAGUGCAAGCAGCUGUCCGAGUCCCAGGUCAAGAGCCUCUGCGAGAAGGCUAAAGAAAUCCUGACAAAAGAAUCCAACGUGCAAGAGGUUCGAUGUCCAGUUACUGUCUGUGGAGAUGUGCAUGGGCAAUUUCAUGAUCUCAUGGAACUGUUUAGAAUUGGUGGCAAAUCACCAGAUACAAAUUACUUGUUUAUGGGAGAUUAUGUUGACAGAGGAUAUUAUUCAGUUGAAACAGUUACACUGCUUGUAGCUCUUAAGGUUCGUUACCGUGAACGCAUCACCAUUCUUCGAGGGAAUCAUGAGAGCAGACAGAUCACACAAGUUUAUGGUUUCUAUGAUGAAUGUUUAAGAAAAUAUGGAAAUGCAAAUGUUUGGAAAUAUUUUACAGAUCUUUUUGACUAUCUUCCUCUCACUGCCUUGGUGGAUGGGCAGAUCUUCUGUCUACAUGGUGGUCUCUCGCCAUCUAUAGAUACACUGGAUCAUAUCAGAGCACUUGAUCGCCUACAAGAAGUUCCCCAUGAGGGUCCAAUGUGUGACUUGCUGUGGUCAGAUCCAGAUGACCGUGGUGGUUGGGGUAUAUCUCCUCGAGGAGCUGGUUACACCUUUGGGCAAGAUAUUUCUGAGACAUUUAAUCAUGCCAAUGGCCUCACGUUGGUGUCUAGAGCUCACCAGCUAGUGAUGGAGGGAUAUAACUGGUGCCAUGACCGGAAUGUAGUAACGAUUUUCAGUGCUCCAAACUAUUGUUAUCGUUGUGGUAACCAAGCUGCAAUCAUGGAACUUGACGAUACUCUAAAAUACUCUUUCUUGCAGUUUGACCCAGCACCUCGUAGAGGCGAGCCACAUGUUACUCGUCGUACCCCAGACUACUUCCUGUAAUGAAAUUUUAAACUUGUACAGUAUUGCCAUGAACCAUAUAUCGACCUAAUGGAAAUGGGAAGAGCAACAGUAACUCCAAAGUGUCAGAAAAUAGUUAACAUUCAAAAAACUUGUUUUCACAUGGACCAAAAGAUGUGCCAUAUAAAAAUACAAAGCCUCUUGUCAUCAACAGCCGUGACCACUUUAGAAUGAACCAGUUCAUUGCAUGCUGAAGCGACAUUGUUGGUCAAGAAACCAGUUUCUGGCAUAGCGCUAUUUGUAGUUACUUUUGCUUUCUCUGAGAGACUGCAGAUAAUAAGAUGUAAACAUUAACACCUCGUGAAUACAAUUUAACUUCCAUUUAGCUAUAGCUUUACUCAGCAUGACUGUAGAUAAGGAUAGCAGCAAACAAUCAUUGGAGCUUAAUGAACAUUUUUAAAAAUAAGUACCAAGGCCUCCCUUCUACUUGUGAGUUUUGAAAUCGUUCUUUUUAUUUUCAGGGAUACCGUUUAAUUUAAUUAUAUGAUUUGUCUGCACUCAGUUUAUUCCCUACUCAAUCUCAGCCCCAUGUUGUUCUUUGUUAUUGUCAGAACCUGGUGAGUUGUUUUGAACAGAACUGUUUUUUCCCCUUCCUGUAAGACGAUGUGACUGCACAAGAGCACUGCAGUGUUUUUCAUAAUAAACUUGUGAACUAAGAA